UCUUAAUCAACAGGCUUGAGGGAGUAGCCGCAGUCCUCUGGGACUCCUUCAGGGCAAGGAGCUGCUCCGUACUGCGCCACCCACGCUGGGGCAGAGUCUCACUUGAGCCGCCCUGGGGGCUUGUCUCCUGCAGAGGCAGUCAUGCCGUCCUUGGCGAGCCCCUGGAGUGCAUCACACACUCAUGGUCAGAAGCCUAAGCCCAUCUUCCCAUUCCCCCAAGUUCCAAGCAUGUUGGAAGUAGAAAAAAACAAAAAGCCCCCCAGGAGACGUACAUCUUCAGGAUCAGUGGGCCAGGAGUCCCCUGUGUGUGCUGACUCUCCCAUGAUCAGAGCCAAGAGCCCAGCUGUCACCCUGGUUUCUCCUGACUCCAAUUUCAGCACCAGAGCUACCAACACCUCUUGUGGACUUGACUGGGGUGUCAGGGGGUGCCUGCUGGAGACUGAGGUCAAACUUGAUUUUGGAGAUGUAGACAAGAAGGCUGGCAGUGGCCGCAGGAAGGCCAGACCCUGUGGCUCCCAGAAGGAGAGUGAGGGGAGUCUGUCCCUGCAAAGGAAGAGACCCUGUUCCCUCUCCAGUGGCUCGCCAGUCCCUUCAUCUGACCAAGUUUGCCUGGAGGAGCAGGAAGACAGUGUCCGAGGUGCACGUGUCUGCAGCAAGAGGAGGAGACCCUGCUCCCUGGGGAGGCCUGUUCUUCACCCAGCUGCCUCCCACGCAGAGUGCGAGGCCAGUCCUGAGCAGAAUGGACCAAAGAGAAAUGCCAGACUCUCUGGCCUCAAAUGUGUACUUGGACAGGAGCCUCCUGUACAGCCCAGGAAGGUGUCCAGUCGGAAGGCACAUGGACGGAGAGAGCGGGGGGAACUGGCAGGAAAGAAGUCCAGGGACCCAGUGCUCAGCUCUGGCCAGGCCCCUUCUGCCCGGGUGCUGGUCCAGGCGGCCGGUCCAGACAGGCUGAAGGUGGGCCAGCCUCUGGAGAACGAUGAGGCAACGCAAGCUGAGGUCCUCAUAGCCCGACUGGCCAGAGAGGUGCGGCGCCUCAAGAAGUGGAAGAAAAGGCAACUGCUUCCUGGCCUGGGGGAGAAGUUGCCUCUCCUGAGCCUCCAGAAGCCACUCUGCAUGAAGCAUUCCCUGGGCCCUCUGGACAUCACAGGCCAGAAGCCCGCAGUAGACAUCAGACAAUUCUUUACUUUCGACUGCAAGAACAUCUGCCGUGUCAACUGCACUCUGUGUCACACCAGCAUCAGACAGAGCAAAGUUAAGGGUCAGUCCCAAACCUUGGGCCUCCUCCGUCACUUGGUGAGUAAGCGUGGGCUGGAGAGGGAGAGACAGCCAACUGCGGCCCGCCCCGGAGAGAAGGGGUCAGGGGUGGAGGAAAAAAAGACCAGUCUGUCCCUGGGCUCCUCUGGCCUUGCCCCUGAGGAGUCCCCAUCACCAAGCCGCGGCUCAGAUGCCUCCCCCUUGGGAGACGGUGGUGGGCAGCCAGGCCUGGGCGGACCCGGGCAGCUGUCACUGGCUCCUCCACCCUUGCCUCCUCCCACCAAAGAUGAACCCACUGCUCCCCCCGUGGCUGUCAGGGAGGAGCGAGAUGGCACAUAUGCUCCCAACCAGCCCCGAGCCCAGGCCUGGAACCAAAGCAUUGCAGAGUUGCUCUGCAGCCUGGCGCUGCCACUCUCCUUUGUUUCAUCCCCGCCUUUCAAAAGGUUCAUGGCCCAAGUUGACCCUUGUUACCAUUUGCCGUCUCCAGCCUUCUUUGCUGAUAAAGCCCUGCCCCUGCUCCAUGAGGCCAUGGAUGAGCAGGUGCUUCAGGAGAUGCAGUGGGCUCAGGGCAGCUGCGUCCACCUCACCAUGUCCACAGCAGCCCGGGAUGCAGUCGUGGACUACGUGGCCAUCACUGCCCACUGGGCGGCAGUACCGCCAGGGAGCCCGCAGGUGGCGUCUGGAAGCUCGCGGAGGACAGCGGUGCUCUGGGUCCGAGGCCUGCCCGUGGAGAGCACCCAGGAGGAGAGGCAGCGGGGGCUGCGGGAGAAGGUCAGCCUGUGGCUUGGCCGCAGCUCCAUGCGACCGGGCUUCCUGGUGUCGGGCGGCUGCCCCAGCCUGGAGCAAGCAGUAGGGAUGGAGGGCUACACGCUUGUCCCUUGUUUUGGCAGCUGCCUUGACUCUCUGGUGAGAAACUUUCUGCAUCACCAUCACAGCAUUCAGAUCAUCCUGGGCACAGCCAGGGCCAUCUGCAGUCAUUUCCAAGGCUCUGCAGAGGCCCGGCGGCUGCUCACCCAGCUGCAGCGGCAGUGUGGCCUCCCAGAGCACCAGCCCUUUGGGGAGCUCGCAGCCAACUGGGUCUCUGACUACUACCUGAUGGGGUGGCUGGUGGAGCAGCAGCGACCGCUGCGAGAGUAUGCGGAGAAGCACCGGCUGGGUAAGGCCGGGAUGGCCCUGUCGGCCAUGUUCUGGAGCCUGACGAACAGCCUGGUCACCCUCCUGCAGCCCUUCCAGCUGGUGGUCCGGGAGGCGAGUGCGGCACAGGCUGCUUUAAGCCAGGUGCUGCCUCAGCUGCGCUACCUGCACAUCUUCCUAGAGCAGGUUCCCGGGCACUUCAGGGAGCAGGGAGGCAAGGAGAUGGGCGCAGCUGUCCGGCUGGCUGAAGGCUUGACCCUGCAGCUCUCCACAGACUGCCAGCUGAACGAGCUCUUCCACCGCGAGGAGCUGGUGCUGGCCACCCUGCUGGACCCCCGCUUCAAGGGGAAGAUUGAGGCCAUCUUGCCUGUGGGGGCCGACAUUGACCACUGGAAGCAGGUUCUUGUGUACAAGGUGAAAGAGAUUAUGGUGUCUGAAUGCCCCCUGCCCGCUUCACUCUCCCUGCCGAGUCCCAAGGCUGUGUGUGUGGACGCCACCCCAAGGGGCAGCAUUGCCAGGAGCCUCAGGAUUGAGGGCCAGGGCCAGAAGGAGCCUGGGCAGCAAAGUGGCAGCUCUGGGUCUUGGCUGCUGGCCCGGAGGGAGAAGAGCUUGCUGGAGCAGCUGGAACAUGUGGGGCUGCUGGCAUCCAGGGAGAGUGGAGCCUCGCUCGUCACUGAGAACCACUUGGCCAGCAUUGUUGUGCAGAAGUACCUGCAUGAGAAUGAGACGAUUGGUGCCCAGGAGGACCCUCUGACCUACUGGGAGAAAAGGCAGGAUGUCUGGCCGGCCCUGGCAAAACUGGCCACUGUCUAUCUGACCUGCCCCGCUACGGGAGCCUUGUCUAGACGUGUCUUUGCCUCCCUGGGCAGCCCUGCCCUUGUGGGACACAACUCCCCUCUCCCGGUGGAGUCAGUUGAGCAUCUCCUUUUCUUGAAGACCAACCUGGAGAAUUUCCCCAACUACACACGCCCUCCCCUGGUCUUCCCUAGUGGAGACCUGGCUGAGGGAGAGCAGAGCAGUGAGUCUGACCUCAUGGUCCACGGCCCUCAAAAUCUGCCUGUAGGGACUCGGCAGUAAAUAAGAGGAGCACGCAGAGUGGUUAUCCUAGGUCAUUAGAUAGGGACAGCCAGAAUCUUUAAACCAGUCUGGAAAGGGACAAUUUCUCAAUUCUUGACAGAUUACCUUUUUUUUUUUCAGAGAGGUGUCAUUUUUCAUCUGCUGAGUGCUUAAUCUAUUUCUAGUGGUUUUUGCACAAAAGAGAUUUCCUUGACUCAUAAGUGACCAUGAGUUGUACAAUGCAGUUUUAUAAACCGCACUGCUCUUUUGAAAUAUUGGUGGGUCUUCAGGGCUCUACCCGCAGCUCGCCUGUGUGUGUCGUGAUGCAUACCCUUAAAAGGUCUGCUUUCUUAAGAAGUGGCCAGAGACAAGAGGAGGCCUCGGCAGGUGGGAAGUCUGCUCAGCCGCCCAGAGCCUGGUAAGCUGUGGGAGAUCCUUCUGAGAUUGUCUUAGGAGGGAAGGGCAUGCAUGCACAUGGGCACGUGCCCGUCUGCUCAGGGUCUCUCCUUCUCUGGGGUCCCAGAGCGGCUGAGGCCCCUGGCUGAUGGGACUGCCCAGCCAGUGAGGGAGACUGACUGGAGGAGACCUGAGAUGGCUGGUCCUCAGAAAGCUCUCUCCUGUGGUUUGUUUCCAGGCCACUGAGAACCUGAGGGCUUCUUUCUUUCUACAGUGAAGGCAGUGUCAGGCCUGCCAGGCUCUGGGGGGCUGAGCUUCUGUCCCACCCGCAGUACCAGUGCCUCUCUUUGUCCCUGGCUCCUUUUAAAGAGCAACCCCUACCUUGAAGCAAGAAAGACCCAUUAGUAGCAGAUUGCCCAGAAUUUCCGUAGAGCGGAGAGCAGGACCUGAGCACACGGGGUCCAGGAGCUGUGGGAACCGGGUGGGAGCGGAAGGGAGAGGAGUGCUGGGGGCGCGCCUGUCAGCCCCCACGGCCCAGCUCUCCUGAGCUGCCAGCGCGCUGGGAGAGGGGCUCUGUGGGGAGGUGGGGAGAGGUAGGGUGAGGCAUCCGAGGCCUGACUUAGACUUUGGCCCUGGCUAUGGGGAUGAGCUUGGGAUACCUGUCCGCCUGCCUCCCGUGGAGGGGUUGGCAGUCGUGUGCACACUAUGGCUAAUUGACUAUAGGGCAUUUGUAAGUUACUCAGAAUGUAAGGAAGCAGGAAGAAUGAACCGUAUCCUUCCAUUCAGAGCCUCUUUUAGUACUUUGACACAUUUCAUUUUUCUGCCUUGAGACCAUGUCCUCUGUGCUACUUAUUAUGCUGUGUUUCCAUCUUAGCUACUAUAAUAGUGAUGUUUUCUCAAAUAAAGCUUUUGUAAAGAUCAUA